UGCUGCUCUGUCCUUGGGCUUUAAUCUCAAAGCCGUUAUCGGCGCCGCCAUCGCGUUGGGGCGGCGGCGGUGCCGGUCGCGCUGCCCUGCACGUCCCUCCCGGCUAUUUUUUUCCCCCCUGGCCAGCUCGGGGCGGUUGGAGCCGAUUCCCCGUUAGCCGCGGCGGCAGGCGGCUGCCGGUUGCCUGGCUCCGGUUGCGGCGGGUAUAAAACCCCAGAGCCCCUCUCCGGCGCCCCGUCCCUCACCCCGCAGCCAGCCGGCCAGGGGCGAUGGCCGAGCUGCCCGUCCCGGAGCUGCCCGCCGCCCUGUCCCGCUGCAGCGGCCGCUUCACCAUCAGCACCCUGCUGGGCGCGGAGGAGGGCAGCCGGGGUCCCUACGCGCCCAGCGAGGGGGCAGGCUGCGACAGCACCCACCUGUCCAGCAGCACCCUCUGCACCAGGACCUUCGGCUACAACACGGUGGACGUGGUGCCCGCCUACGAGCACUAUGCCAACAGUAACGGGGUGGGUGACACCGGCAAGGGCCGGCCCUCGCUGGCAGACCUCCACUCCAUCCUCAAGCCCGACCCCGGCCGCUGCCACACGCCGCCGUCGGAGCCGCAGCGGAGCAACGGACUGCCGGAGGCCGGGCCCGAGGAGGCGGCGGAGGAGCCGGGCGGAGCCCCCGCAGCAGCGCCCGUCCGCUUCGGCUGGGUGAAGGGUGUGAUGAUUCGCUGCAUGCUGAACAUCUGGGGAGUCAUCCUGUACCUGCGCUUGCCCUGGAUCACCGCCCAGGCCGGAAUCGCCCUGACGUGGCUCAUCAUCCUGAUGUCCGUGACAGUGACCACCAUCACUGGCUUGUCCAUCUCUGCCAUAUCCACUAAUGGCAAAGUCAAGUCAGGAGGCACCUACUUCCUCAUCUCACGGAGCCUGGGGCCAGAGCUGGGUGGCUCCAUCGGGCUGAUCUUUGCCUUUGCCAACGCGGUGGCCGUGGCCAUGCACACAGUUGGCUUCGCUGAAACCGUCCGGGACCUGCUGCAGGAGCACAACUCCCUCAUCGUGGACCCCACCAACGACAUCCGGAUCAUCGGAGUGGUCACUGUGACAGUGCUGCUGGGCAUUUCCCUGGCUGGCAUGGAGUGGGAGGCCAAGGCACAGAUACUGUUUUUCCUGGUCAUCCUGGUUUCCUUCAUCAACUACCUGGUGGGGACAGUGAUCCCAGCCACCACUGAGAAGCAAGCGAAGGGCUUCUUCAGCUACCGAGCUGACAUCUUUGCCCAGAACUUUGUGCCCAACUGGCGUGGACCUGAUGGCUCCUUCUUUGGCUUGUUUUCCAUCUUCUUCCCGUCGGCAACAGGCAUCCUGGCAGGUGCCAACAUUUCGGGUGACCUGAAGGAUCCUGCUGUGGCCAUCCCCAAGGGCACCCUGAUGGCCAUCUUCUGGACCACUGUGUCUUACCUGGUGCUUUCAGCUACCAUCGGUGCCUGCGUGGUCCGGGACGCUUCGGGCAGCCUGAACGACAGCGUGGCCGUGGGCUCGGCCGGCUGCGAGGGGCUCACUUGCGCCCUCGGGUGGAACUUCACCGCCUGCGCACAGCGCCAGACCUGCCGCUAUGGGCUCAGCAACUACUACCAGAGCAUGAGCAUGGUGUCUGGAUUUGGCCCCCUCAUCACGGCAGGGAUCUUUGGUGCUACCCUCUCCUCAGCACUGGCCUGCCUCGUGUCAGCACCUAAAGUCUUCCAGUGUCUCUGCAGGGACCAGCUCUACCCUCUCAUAGGCUUCUUCGGGAAGGGCUACGGCAGGAACAGCGAGCCCAUCCGUGGCUACAUGCUCACCUACCUCAUCGCCGUCGGCUUCAUCCUCAUCGCCGAGCUCAACGCCAUCGCCCCCAUCAUCUCCAACUUCUUCCUCUGCUCCUACGCCCUCAUCAACUUCAGCUGCUUCCACGCCUCCAUCACCAACUCGCCAGGCUGGCGACCCUCCUUUCGGUAUUACAGCAAGUGGGCCGCGCUCUUCGGGGCCACCGUCUCGGUGGUCAUCAUGUUCCUGCUGACCUGGUGGGCGGCCCUCAUCGCCUUCGGCAUCGUCGUCUUCCUCCUGGGAUACGUCCUCUACAAAAAGCCAGAUGUCAACUGGGGCUCCUCCAUGCAAGCCAGCUCGUACAACAUGGCCCUCAACUACUCAGUGGGGCUGAGUGAAGUGGAUGAGCACAUCAAGAACUACAGACCGCAGUGCCUGGUGCUCACAGGUCCUCCCAGCUGCCGCCCUGCCCUGGUGGACUUCGUGGGGACCUUCACCAAGAACCUCAGCCUGAUGCUCUGUGGCAACGUCCUGAUCGGGCCGCGGAAGCAGAAGGUGCCAGAGUCCUGGCUGAUGGCUGAUGGCCACACCAAGUGGCUCAUGAAGAGGAAGAUCAAAGCUUUCUACACUGACGUGGUGGCUGAGGACCUGAGAAGUGGUGUCCAAAUGCUGCUCCAGGCUGCCGGGCUGGGGAAGAUGAGACCCAACAUCUUGGUGCUGGGCUACAAGAGGAACUGGCGGACAGUGGCCCCACAGAGCCUGGAGGACUACGUGGGCAUCCUGCACGACGCCUUUGAUUUCAAGUACGGCGUGUGCCUGAUGAGGAUGAAGGAAGGGCUGAACGUCUCCCGCGUGAUGCAGGCCCACUUUAACCCCACGUUCGAGGCAGCAGAGCACCCCGAGAACGGCACCGGCAGCAGAGCAGCCCCGGGCACAGCAGACCCCACCAGCCUGGCAGGUGAGCAGCAGGCCAGCACCAUCUUCCAGAGUGACCAGGGCAAGAAGACCAUCGACAUUUACUGGCUCUUUGAUGAUGGAGGUCUCACGCUGCUCAUCCCCUACCUCCUGGGGCGCAAGAAGCGGUGGGGGAAGUGCAAAAUCCGGGUGUUUGUCGGCGGGCAGAUCCACAGGAUGGACGAGGAGAGGAGGGCGAUCGUCUCUCUGCUGAGCAAGUUCCGCCUCGGCUUCCACGAGGUCCACAUCCUCCCUGACAUCAACCAGAAACCCCGGCCAGAGCACAUCAGGAGGUUCGAGGAGCUGAUCGCUCCCUUCAGGCUGAACGAUGGCUUCAGGGACGAGGCUGCGGUGAACGAGCUGCGGCAGGGCUGCCCCUGGAAGAUUUCGGACGAGGAGCUGGAUAAAAACAGAGCCAAGUCGCUCCGGCAGGUGAGGCUGAACGAGAUCCUGCUGGACUACUCGCGGGACGCGGCGCUCAUAGCCAUCACGCUGCCCAUCGGCAGGAAGGGGCACUGCCCCAGCUCCCUCUACAUGGCCUGGCUGGAGACGCUCUCCCAGGACCUGAGACCCCCUGUCAUCCUCACCAGAGGGAACCAGGAGAACGUGCUGACCUUUUACUGCCAAUAAACCUGCCUGCUGCCUCGGGAUGCGCAUCUCUCAGGCCAGUUUUGAGCUCUGGGGGAGCAGUGUCCAUGUACACCUGGGCAUUAGCUCUUGGGAAAUGCCACCGUGGGAGCUGCCACCCUCCUACAAAGACUUGUUGGGCAGAUCUUGGUCUUUGUAAGGUGUAUAUAGAGAUACAGUAAUGUAGGACUCGCAGUGGAGGUGUUGCUCCAGCCCUGGGUUUAGCCAGAGCUGUGCAGGUCAAGUUUGGGGUCCUCUCCUGAGAGCAGCAAGCAGGACCCCCACACAGAGCCCAAGGACUGACCCACAGCCCUGGCAAAGCCACUCUCCCAGGGUGAGGCUGCCCUGGGGUGAUAGGUGUGGGUCAGCACUGACUCUUGGGGACAGGGACUCCUCCAAACAGGCCGAGCAGCAGCAAGGUGCCACCUUCUGCUUGCAGCAGCAAGUCCAGCUCCUAAGGGGAAGCAAAACAAACCACCCAACCCAGGACCUAUCCUGGCACAGACUGGAGAAACACACCUCAGCUCAGCAUGCUUGUUAAGAGCCUUUAUUGAUCUCACCACCAGGAUUAGAAGUGUCAGUAGAAAAAUAAAAUUUCCAGUUUUUCUCUCAUACAAA